UUCGUAAAUUUAUAAGCUACAAACAAACGCGACUUUGCCCUAGCCCCAAAAUUCCCAAAUCCUCCAUUCCUUCGCGACUGACCACAGGCGAUUCCUCUCUCCGGCCAGAUUUUUUCUUUCUCCGGUAUCUACUACGGCGACUCCAGCAGGACACUCUUUGUAGGAUCUCGUGAGGUUAUUUGCUUUGAACUUGAAUAAAAUCAUUGCAUAUUGAGGACACUCUUCUUAGGAUCUCGUGAGAAGACCAAUCACACUAGUGAACAUUUAACUAGUCUCUCUACUUCAAACUUCAAAGAAAUUGUCAAUUUCAUGUGUUCUCUCUUGGAGUAAAAAGGAUGGAAGCUAAGCCAUUGGAAUCGCCCACAACUUUCGUUGAUAAACUUGUUGUUCCAGGGGAUGUGGUUCUUGAUCUUUCAAGUAUGGCCAAUCAAACCAUUAAGCUUGGAGGCGGUCUCCGUCAGGACUGUGAUUCGAUUUCUGUCAUGAAGGCUGGGAAGUUGAGGUAUUCAAAGCCAAACAAAUAUUGGGUUGAAAGUUCCCACAAAAGGUACUCGCCUUAUGUUGGGGAUACUGUUCUUGGAAUCGUGGUAGACACUAAAGCAGAUAACUUCCUUGUGGAUAUAAAAGGACCUUCAUUGGCAUUUCUUCCUGUACUUGCAUUUGAAGGAGGAACUAGGAGAAACAUUCCUAAGUUUGAGGUAGGUACUUUGCUUUAUCUUCGGGUUGUCAAGGCAAAUACUGGCAUGAAUCCGGAGCUGUCAUGCACUGAUGCCAAUGGGAAAGCAGCGGAGUUUGGCCCCCUUAAAGAUGGAUAUAUGUUUGAAUCAUCAACUGGCCUUUCACGAAUGCUGUUGAGCUCCCCAACAUGUCCAGUUCUUGAGGCUCUAGGCAAAAAGCUCUCCUUUGAGAUUGCAGUUGGUUUAAAUGGCCGUGUUUGGGUAAAUGCUGCAUCUCCAUCUACAGUUAUCCUUGUAUCAAACGCGAUCAUGAAUUCCGAAUCCUUGAGUGGGGUGCAGCAAAAAAUUAUGGUGGAUAAACUGCUCCAAAGAGUCCAGUGAUCAAUUUGGACUAUGUAAUUACUCUUGAACUCUGCCUUGUCGGGAAUGGCGGUUCGGGAGGUUUACAUGGUUGAUCAAGAAAGAUAGUGACUCGGCAAGCCUAGAACUUCAUGUGAGGGGAUUCUGAGUCCUCAUGACCAGCUUCGGCAAUCAGGCACGAUCAAGUACAUGGUGUCUACAGUUUCUGAAGCUUUCGGGGACAAGUUGAGACAAUGUACAAUGUUGGGAAUUUUGCUAAUAUUUUCCAAAACUUUCUUCGUAUCCAAUUGGUUCUAGUCUUUUAGUUGUUUUAUAUGGGUUUUAGGGGGUGGCAAAUGGACCGGACGGGGCUGGUCGGGUUUGGGUAAUUCAUAUUUGACCCGCUUGUAACGGGUUAAAUAUGAGUUGGGUCAAAAUAGACCAUGUUAAUACGUUUUAAGAAAAAAAAAUUGGUAUUAUUUUGGAUAAUUUUAUUAUUAUAGUUGUUUUUUUUUUUUUCUUCAGAUGGAUAAAAACUUGUAAAAAUAAGUAUAGAUAAUUGUAAAUCCUUCCAUUUAUUUUGAAAAUUUUUUAAAUUUA